UCUUGCGACAGACUCUAUUCCACAAUGUCUUCUGCCACCAACUUCUUCGACUUCACGGUGCUCGACGCCGCCGACACCGAAGUCCCUCUGUCCAACUACAAGGGCAAGGUCGUCUUGGUUGUCAACACGGCUUCCAAGUGCGGCUUCACCUACCAGUACAAGAACCUCGAGUCCGUCUACCAGGCCAUCAAGAAGGAGUACCCUGAUGACUUCACCGUCAUCGGCUUCCCCUGCAACCAGUUUGGCGGCCAAGAGCCCGGCAGCAACGAGGAGAUCCAGAACUUCUGCUCGCUGGACCAGAAGACUACCUUCCCCGUCAUGGCCAAGAUUAACGUCAACGGCAACGAUGCGCACCCCCUGUACCAGUGGCUGAAGCACGAGAAGCCCGGCCUUCUUGGUCUAGAGAGAAUCAAGUGGAACUUUGAGAAGUUCCUGAUCGGCCGUGACGGCAAGGUUAUCGACCGCUGGGCCAGCACCACCGAGCCGGAGAAGUUUCAGAGCAAGAUCAUCGAGGCCAUCAAGGCGCCAGCCCCAUAGAUGCUGAUGAUGCUUGAGAAGAGGAAUGAGAAAGGAAGAAAAACGAAUGAAUAGAUUGUAAAUAACGAGAAUGUAUGUAAUAUUUGAUGAUUCAAUUAUACCUUCCU